CGUAACACCGGCGUCUGGCUAGCACUGCUACAUUCUCUGUGCUAACCACUUCACUGGACCAAAACCAUUUCUGAAGUACUCUGUUCUACCUCAUCUGCUGUGACAUGGCGGGGAAUUUCUGGCAAAGUUCUCACUAUCUUCAGUGGGUGCUUGACAAACAAGACCUGAUGAAAGAGAGGCAGAAAGACCUCAAGUCCCUUUCUGAAGAGGAAUACUGGAAGCUACAGAUCUUCUUUGCAAAUGUUAUUCAGGCUCUGGGAGAACACUUGAAGCUGAGGCAACAAGUCAUUGCUACGGCCACAGUCUACUUCAAACGCUUUUAUGCCAGGUAUUCACUGAAAAGUAUAGAUCCUGUUUUAAUGGCUCCUACCUGUGUCUUCCUGGCUUCCAAAGUUGAGGAAUUUGGGGUUGUGUCUAACACAAGGCUGAUCUCUGCAGCAACAUCAGUGUUGAAAACAAGGUUUUCAUAUGCCUUCCCGAAGGAGUUCCCGUAUCGAAUGAAUCAUAUUCUGGAAUGCGAGUUCUACCUUCUGGAGUUGAUGGACUGCUGCUUGAUCGUGUACCACCCGUACCGGCCGCUGCUGCAGUACGUGCAGGACAUGGGCCAGGAGGACAUGCUGCUGCCGCUGGCCUGGCGCAUCGUGAAUGACACCUACCGUACAGAUCUAUGCCUGCUCUAUCCUCCCUUCAUGAUCGCUUUAGCUUGUUUGCACGUGGCCUGUGUGGUGCAGCAGAAGGAUGCCAGGCAGUGGUUUGCAGAGCUCUCUGUAGACAUGGAUAAAAUCCUGGAGAUUAUCCGGGUCAUCCUCAAGCUUUAUGACCAGUGGAAAAACUUUGAUGACCGAAAAGAGAUCGCUGCGGUGCUUAACAAGAUGCCCAAACCAAAACCUCCUCCCAACAGUGAGAAUGACCAGAGCUCCAACGGAAACCAAAGCAACUCUUACAGCCAAUCAUAGCAGAGCUCUGGACCCGCUUGCUGUAGAAUCACCACACCGCACAACACGCCCACAACUCGCGGCCUUCACCCGACUCCGAGUGGCUGCACAACACAGCAGAGCGGUCAGCUCAGUAUGAGUUCGAGUCAUUGAUUCUUUUGAUAGUUUAUUAUUAACUUUUUACCCUCCCUUACAGUUAAAAAAACAUUAUUUGAGUAAACUAUGUGUCCACUUUAGUGAGUCAAGUGCUGGCAUUUUCAGUUCAGAAUUAUGAGGUCAGUGAAUGCACCUGUGGUUGUGUCAUAGUAUUAGAUUGGAAUAUAUAAACUCACUUUUUUCCAAAAUUCAAAAUGAUGAUUUUAUCACUUAAAAAAAUCAACUGGGAAAAAUAAUAAUAAGAAAUUUUCCUGCUUCCUGAUUAUUUACUCUUCUUCAAAUGGUUAAUGAGUUUUUAAUUUAAUAUUGAGUGAGCGAAUGAAUAAUGGGCCAAAAACCAGGUGACACUGUUGGUGUCUGUGAACGGUUCAUUCCUCAGGGACUGUGGUUUCUGCGUCUGUAUAUAUAUAAUGUAAAGGGUCUUUGAAUCUAACUGACCUCUUUUUGAACUGUGGAAGGAAGUGCUCCCACAAUGAUCCAAACUUUUGGUUACAUCCUUGUUCUUCCUUUCUUUCUGUUGUACAUAUGUUCUUUUGAAUUAGUGUGCCACUUUGCCCUCUGUAGGGAUUUUGCCUUUUAUUAGAAACUUCAUAUCAAGCUUGAUUUUUUUCCUUAGUUUUUUUUUCUUGUAUAUCAGCAUUUUCUUAUCUGUAAAAGUGUGACUCUCAAAACAAGGUACUCGACAGCCUUAAAAACAAGCGGUCGACGUAGGAUCGCCUCAUUUUGAGCACAUUUAUUCCAAUUUGCGUGAGCUACUUCACACCUGAAUGUGACCGUUGUUUUUGUUUCUAGGCUAUUUUCAAUUGUGGAGGGCAAAUGAAUUACCGGACUGUGUCACCUUUCACAAUAAAAGGGCUUUUUCUCCUCUUGAAUCUGGUGCAGCUGAGCAACUAGAGCUGAUAUGUUGAUGAAUACUUGAAAGUGUGUGUAUACUUUUUUGUACAUCUGUGAUUCUAAUAAAAUAUUGUGUGCUAUAUGAA